GCUCAAUUGCUUCCUUUUUUAAAACAUGCCAAUCUCGUGGCUCAUCCCUAUCCCCAUCCCCACUAUUCCAAAUCAGGUAAAAUGGCGCGCUCCGUCAUCGUCCAAGUGGAGCAAAACAUGUGAGAUCCAUUUCCAAGGCUGAGCCCAAGCUUACAUCUCGACCUCCUCAACGAGUCUGCGGGGCCUUUAACUAUCUCGGGAUUCCAGCCCAUUCCCCAGUUCAAGGAAGCCUCAUCUCAAUCUUAUCUGUUUUGGGUGAGAUACACCGCUCUGACGAACAAUGCCUGGCGUUCCAUCUUACAAGGGCUGCGAUGCUUGUCGGAAGCAGAAGAAAAAGGUAAGUUAGUGCCAUAUUGAGGUUGGAGAAUUUUUGAGUUAAUGAGGGGAUAGUGUGAUAAAGCUCAGCCGAAAUGCGCAAGGUGUGAAAGGCUUGAUAUUCCGUGCAUCAACGUUGGGAAACAGCGCUACAAGUUCAAAGUCCAGACCCUCGAACAAGGAGACAGUAUAAGCGUCCAAAACAUCGACACAGAAGAUGACACUACGAGUUCAAGUUCGCGGUCUUCAAAAUCGCCUAUUUCUUUCACCCAAGCGUUGAUCAAAGUUCCUUUCAACAAAACAACCAUGGUCACUCAAACACUUGUCUCACGGUUAGAGAUUACAGAUCUGCGAUAUGAUAUUACCUGCUACGGCGACUUUCUUCGGCAUAUUCCUGCGCGGUUGGGGAGGAAUGAAGCUCUUGAUGCGUCGGCUGAUGCGUUAGCUACUACGUUUUCGACAUUGCAUCGACCGCAGGGGUAUCAGACUGUUGAUGCGCUUACGAAGUAUGUUAAAGCGAUAAGUUCGUUGAGAUUAUGCUUGGAGGAUCCUGCGAAGGCGAGGAUGCCGGAGACUAUGUGCUCCGUAUAUCUGAUUAUGAUCUGUCAGGGCUGGUUGGGAAGAGAUGAUGAUCCGACUACGAGUCACGGCCAAGGUCUGGCAUAUCUUCUUAAAGCAGCGGCGCGAGAGAACUGGAAAGCCGGUUUCGAAACAGACAUGCUCUUGACAUUCUGCGUUCCAGUCAUCAUAGAAAGCAUCUCCAACCCAAAGGUCAGACUAGAAAAGUGGUUCUGGGAUAUGCUCGACAACUUCAAAAAGAACAAUCCUCCCUCAACGCCCGAAAGCGCAAAAGCCCAACAAGACGGCCAAGACGCAGGCGGAAUCCCCAGUCUGUCCAUCCGAAAUCUAGGCCGCUUGCCAGACUUCAUAAACGACCCUGAACUGCACCGCAUGGAAAUAACAUGCGCAUAUCACAGACUUUGCCGCGACCUACGCAAACUCUCCGAAAUCGUCAAAGCCGUAACAUGGGCGCCCGGUUUCUUCCCAACGCCCAUGCAACUCCGCCUCUCACGCUCCUACAACUCAGCCUACUCCGUCCUCCUAACCGUCCUCGUAAUAAUCGGCCAACUAAUGCAAGCCUUUGAUCCGUACAACCUCGCUCUCGUCGGAGAAGCAGCACUAUGUUCAUCAGAGGUAGUAUCCCUCGCGCACCGAAUAAGUCAGUACAGACCACUGGGAGCAAGCCAUGUUCCGUUGACGCUGGCUAUCGCAUGGGCUGCUACGGAUGAGCCGGGGAUGAAGAGGCAGUUGGAGGAGACGUUGGAGGAGUAUCAGCAGGACUGGACUGUGACGCAGUGGAUGAAGGUUGGGUACUGGUGGACGGAUAAGUUCGCGGAGUUGAGGGGGAGGUUGGCGCCGAGGCUUUCGCAGGAGGAGGAGGAGAUGUUGAUUAGGAGGGGGGAGGGAGUGGAGCUUAAGGGGCAGCAACCUGCUGAUGAAUGUUGUGUUAUGUAGAAGUUGACGAGGGCUACCUGAUGGGUAUGUAAAGCUGGAGGAAAGCAGGCUCUUCCUCCUCUACGAUUAUAAGAAUGUGAAAGUCCUUCGUGUCAUGCCUGCGGUAUAAUGUCACCUGACUGAUCGUCAAUCAAUGAACUUACGAUACAUAUAAGAGCGAUAACAGUCGGCUAGAUCGUCUCGGGUUAGAUAUUCGGAAGAUUGAUAAUCGAAGAGCUCCCCUA